AUCCCGCUGCUUUUCUGUUUUGUUUUUCUGUUUCAAGCUCGGCCUCUUGCGCGUAUACAGCAGCUGCUACCCGCGCCCCUCCAGUUCAACAUAGGACUAUCAAUAUGAUGUUGCUGCUACCUUUUGCUUCUUGAUAGACACCACAUCUACGCUAAAGUCUGAGAUUUCUGCAUUGCUUUCUCUGAGAAGCACUCCCGUCCGCCCAAGGGGGAGGGCGAGGAGAAGAAAAAUUAGCUUACGAAGCAUCCGAGGAGUUCCCGGUGCAGACAACGGGAGUUGUGACUCUUGUCUUUUUCCAGCUCUAUGUUUAUGUCGUUGCCCAGCACGCGGGGAAUGCUGGGAAGCGAGGACGACUCAUUCUGGGUCUUCAGAGAGGCCGGAGCCUCCAUCUUGAAUUGCGAUUCUGUCUCUUCCAAGGGGGAAGAACGGAGGUUGGCGGCCAGGGUCGACCCCAAUGGGAGUAUGGUUUCAGGUUGCAAUCCUAUACUUGGUCACAGAGCAUGAAGGUAGGGAAAAGAAGGGCAGACAAGAAGUCAAAUCACCCAGUCUUUAUACCAUGGCAAGCCCAGAAAAGGAUCAUUAUAGAAUGAAAAGUUAUAAAAACAAUGCCCUUAAUCCCCAAGAAAUGCGGCGGCGAAGAGAAGAGGAAGGUAUUCAGCUCCGGAAACAAAAAAGGGAAGAACAAUUAUUUAAGCGCAGAAAUGUUUCUCUGCUGGGAAAUGAAGAGUUGAUGCAAGAAAGUCCCAUUCAGGAUCCUGAUGUCAGUUCUACUGUACCUAUUCCUGAGGAAGAUGUAAUUACAUGUGAUAUGGUGCAGAUGGUUUUCUCAGAUGAUUCUGAACAACAACUUGCAGCAACCCAGAGAUUUCGAAAACUGCUUUCUAAAGAGCCUAAUCCUCCAAUAGAUGAAGUUAUACAAAAACCAGGAGUUGUGCAGAGAUUUGUGAAGUUCCUAGAAAGGAAUGACAACUGCACUCUUCAGUUUGAAGCAGCUUGGGCUCUUACAAAUAUUGCAUCUGGAACGUUUCUUCACACCAAAGUAGUAAUUGAGACUGGAGCUGUCCCAAUAUUUAUUAAGUUGCUGAACUCUGAACAUGAAGAUGUCCAGGAACAGGCAGUGUGGGCUCUUGGUAAUAUUGCUGGAGACAAUGCAGAAUGUCGAGAUUAUGUGUUAAGCUGUGGAAUACUUCCCCCACUCUUACAAUUACUAACGCACUCUAACAGACUUACAACAACUAGAAAUGCAGUCUGGGCACUUUCAAACCUCUGUAGAGGCAAGAACCCACCUCCAGAUUUCAGCAAGGUACGUCCUUGCUUAGGUGUCCUGUCAAGAUUACUGUUCAGCAGUGACCCAGAUGUAUUAGCAGAUGCUUGCUGGGCCCUUUCUUACCUUUCAGAUGGACCAAAUGAUAAAAUCCAAGCAGUUAUUGAUUCUGGAGUCUGUCGAAGAUUAGUAGAACUUCUCAUGCACAAUGACUACAAAGUGGUGUCUCCUGCAUUAAGAGCAGUUGGAAAUAUUGUGACUGGUGAUGAUAUUCAAACACAGGUAAUUCUAAAUUGCUCUGCAUUACCCUGUCUCUUACAUUUGCUGAGUAGUCCCAAGGAAUCUAUUCGGAAAGAAGCAUGCUGGACAGUUUCUAAUAUUACUGCAGGAAACAGAGCUCAGAUUCAGGCUGUUAUAGAUGCAAAUAUAUUUCCAGUAUUGAUUGAAAUACUUCAGAAAGCUGAAUUUCGUACUAUAAAGGAAGCAGCAUGGGCCAUUACUAAUGCCACAUCGGGAGGAACUCCAGAACAGAUCAGUUAUUUGGUGGCGUUGGGUUGUACCAAGCCUCUCUGUGAUCUUCUGACUGUGAUGGAUUCUAAAAUAGUCCAGGUGGCCUUGAAUGGACUCGAAAACAUUUUACGGCAUGGAGAACAAGAAUCUAAGCAAAAUGGAAUUGGCAUUAAUCCUUAUUGUGCCCGUAUAGAAGAGGCAUAUGGACUGGAUAAAAUUGAAAUUCUUCAAAGUCAUGAAAACCAAGAGAUCUAUCAAAAAGCUUUUGAUCUUAUUGAACAUUACUUUGGCGUGGAAGAAGAGGAUGCAAAUAUUGUUCCACAAGUGGAUGAAAGUGAGCAGCAAUUUCUGUUUCAGCAGCAAGAAGCUCCAAUGGAGGGAUUUCAGUUAUAAUUAUGAAGGCAAAUGCAAAAUCUGUAGCUCAUCAUGGCGACCUCCACCUGCUGGCCGAAGUCAGGAAAGGUGGGAAUGUUUCGCUGAAGAGAAAUAAAGAAACAGCCCAUGCACUUACAUGUUUUUUGUCAAAUAGAAUUUUUUGCUCAUUCUUUUUAUACGUGUGUGUGUUUCCAUUGUCUUAUGUCCAGAAACACCAACUAAUCACAACUAAAAACAUUAUAAAGCUUGAAUAAUGACUUCAGUAAGACAUUAGCUACUGAUACUUAGUUUUUUCAAGCAGUUGCUAAAAAUGCAUAAUUAUGCAUAAACAGCUGUUGAUAUUUUGCGUUUUGGCUGUAGGGUUCAUGCACCCAAUCUACACUAAAUCUACCUCUCUAUACUGGAGCAAAAUAAUGCUUCAUAACUAAAGUGUGACAUAUAUAUGAGCUCCUAGUGAAAGCUAAAUUUAGAAUGUGAAAAUUAUUUAUUUAAAUAGUAAAAAUAUAGUUUUAUGCGUGAUAACUUUGCGAUAAACUGGUGAAAUAUAUUUAUAUUUAAAAGCAUAAUAGUGAGGCAGACUGCUGAUUACAUGACAAAACAUUGAAAUAUAGCAAAAAUUGGUUUUCUGCUGUGAAAAAAGACAGUAGCUAGUUUCAAUUUGUAACUUGUAUAGGCCGUGCUGCCUAGCUAUGUAAUAAAAGCUCCCUUUUCCUCCUUUUGUUCUACAAUGAUAUUGCAAAUAGGGUUGCCAGCUUUUCAACUGACUGCUUUAGCUGUGCCUUCUAACAGCAUGUACUGACACAUGUAUCUCCAUGAUGUGAAAAACUGCACCUACUGAUUUCUGUCUAUCAAGCUGCUGUUAAAGGCACAAGAGCAGGUUAGGUUGUAUUUUUCCUCGUUAGUUGGCAAGCCUAAUUACAAAUUAAUUUUAUUCCUUUGUGCUCAUAUUUGCUUUGUAAUGCAAUCUGGCUUCGUAUGAGGAUGAGAGAGAGUUUCUAUAGCUGCACAGUAUUACUAUGAUAGUAAGGAUUGUGAAUAGACAUCUCCAUGUGUAACACAAAUGCUACCAAAGCGUGCGAAACUCUGCAAUAUUUCCUUUUAUUGAAACACUGAUAACAUGCUUUAUUUAAACACAGUGUAUUGCAUUUUGACCAAAUAUACGAAUACAUCACACUUGAUUGGGAGUGGGGGGUGGGGGGCAAUUUUUAAAAAAAAUUAUUUCCUGUUACAACUUUGCAGUAGUGCUGCAUUAGAAGAAAUCCUUUCCAGUCAUUGUCCAGUUUUAUUAGGCAAUUUAUAAAUCAAAUAAAUAAUUUGAAAAAGAAAGCUUGUUUUUGCUGUAAAUAUUAUAGUAGGCACUUGAGUACACAAAUAUUUCUGGCAAUGUAUACAACAUAUUUAAAUUAUAUAAUGCCAAGCAAUCAAAAACAACCCUAAGAUGAGACUUUGAAGCCAUUUUGUUGCAGGGUUUGAAUCUAUGUGGAUAGGUUUUUUUUUUUGGUAGCACAAUUAAAUAUUCUGAUGAAUUUUGCCGACCAGAAAUCUUUUCACCUGUGUGGUUUUUUUAAAAAAAGGUUGUGUAUAAUCAUUGCAAUUGAUUGCCUUUUUCGUAGUAUUGUAUAACUAAAAAAUAAUGCUGCACUCCAAAAUAUUUUAAGAGGGUUAUUUAUAUGAUCUACAAACAAACUGAACUUUUAAAAUUUGAAUAUUGGUCUUUGUCGCAUGUUCCAGUCCUGUGAGGGUGAUCUAUGCAAGGGCUUGCCUCAGAAGAGCUGCAAGAGGUUGUUGCGUGGAGGAAAAAAAACACAGCUGGCAAUCUGCUUGUGCACUCUGCAUGGAUCUUGGGAGGUAGGGUGGUACAUUGGUGCCCCUUGUUUGGCCAGUAUUAGAUCAGUGUGUUGGUAUUGUAAGGGGCCUCUUACAAUACCAAUUGGCAAUAAUCCAGUGUAGGAUUGAGGAAAUGAACUCUCAGAUGGCGUCAAGUAUUGCUUGCUUCAGCCCCACUUGAGUGCUCAUUCUUGGAGGCUUCUGUAGCUUCAGUUGUGAGAACUAGAAGUGCAGUGACAGAUAUUUAGCUUUCUGCUGCAUGCAUGGUUUUCUGAAUUGCGGCCAUUGUCUUCUCAAAGGCAUUGUAACAGCAAUAUAUACUUCUGAAGAUGUAUGGAGUUUGUUUGCCAUUGAAGAAGUUAACAUUAAUAGUGAGCUGUGGGUAAAUAGUGAGGUAUGUGGCAGGGAAAAUGCAGCCUCACUCAAAUAUUCUGCUGGAAAUCAAGUUCCUUAGGAGUGUCCUUGUAGAAGGGCAGUUAUGGUACUCUGAAUUCUGUAGUUUUGAAUAGUUAACAGUGUUCGAGUGAACUUGUCCCUUAAUUAUAGUUUUAAAUUUUGGUGUCUACAGGGUAUUCCAUUGUUUAGAACAAUCUUGCAUUGUAUUACAAACAUUACCAGUUGUGCCUGCUCUUAAUUUGAGAAUCCAAUAGAUGCUAUCAUCAAAACACUUUCAUCUGAGCCAAAUACAAGACUCUCCAAAUCGCAGAAAUAAAAUGAGCAGAGGAAAAGGAUGCAUUUCAUUGUUUUAGAAAGGAUCUCCAUCAAGCGUAUAUCAUGAAUAUGAUUACUUUCAGAGUGCUCAACAUAUUUGGUGAGAAUGUUAUGUUGGUAUGGUUAAUUUUGAGUUUAAAUGUAUCAGUAUUUGGUUGACUCUCAAAUUCUCUGCUUAUGUAUGCUUACAGAGAGAAGGAAGGGUUGCAGGUGUAACCUGUUAGCAGAACCGGGCAUGAACCUGCAAUCUGUGCAAUGCUCUUGAACAAAAUAACAAAACUGUAAAAAUUUGAAAAAUUCUGUAUUUUAAAAUGAAACAACUUCAGUGUUUUUCUAGUACAGGCUGAAUGACAUUUUCACAUAACUGCCUAAAUUUCACUUAAGAUUAUUUAAUCUAUGCAACCAUGCCAAGUAUGUUCUGCAGUAUUUUUCAGAUACAAAACCGUAUCUAGUUUUCAGUUGUUGUUGUUAUCCCUGAACUUUUAUUACUGAGGAUUUUUCAUUUACUUACAUUUAAAGUUCUGCCUUCUUAAAUGGCUUCAAAAAAUAAUAAGCUUUCAUUUAAGCAGGUUUACAUCUAGGAAAUGUUGAUAAUGUGAGGCUCCUGAUCAUGUACAGAGUGAGAUCUCCAAGCUUGGAGAUUCAAACACCAACAAGGGGACUCUUGGGAGCCAACAGAAAAGCUCUGCUAGUAACAGAAACAAUUGUUAGAUGUAUUAGUGUCUUAAAGAGUUGUCAUUUCUCUUAUGCAUCUUGGCUGGAUUUAUUUGCUUUAGCGUUAUGAUUUAUCUUUGGGGCAUAUUUGAAAUUCCUUGUAAACUCAUUGGGUGGGGGGGAGAUGUGAAAUUACUUCAAAGAUUGAGAUCUCAUAAGAAUUGUUCUUAGACUUGUUCUUGACACUGUAUUUUCAGAUGGUCCUCUGUAAUUUGAUAUUUCAUCUUUAAACACAGCUGGAGGCUCUAACUGAACAAACCUACAAGUAUGAACAGUAUGCAAUAUUAUAGAAUGUUACUCUCAAAUACAAAACCAAUAAAGGUAUUUUACAAAGACA